AUGAGACGAGGGCCUGGUCUAGCAGCGCUGGAUCGUUCCGCACACUCCUCCGCCUCUUACCAAUCAUUAGGCUCCGACUUAUCCACCGCAUCCCUGGCCGAGCUGACAGUCCAAUUAGACUCAUUCUCCUCAUCACUUCGAUCUUUCGCCACGCGUCACAGGCACGAUAUUCUUCGCGAUGCAUCGUUCAGACACAGUUUUCAACAAAUGUGUUCCAAAUUGGGUGUGGAUCCUCUAGCUGACAUUGGUGGUUCUUCGCGAGGUGGUGGUGGCAGUAGGAGUGGAAAACUCUGGGAAGCUGUGGGGCUGGGCGAUUGGACUUAUGCUCUGGCAGUUCAGGUCGUCGACAUAUGUGUCAGCUCUAGGAGCCUGAAUGGGGGCUUGUUGGAGAUGCAAGACCUUUGUAAUGCGGUCACGAGGAUAAGGACAGGCACCACUGUCCAGAGCAUCAGCACCUCAAGCGGCACCUCAAACCUAGCGAGCUCGGGAGCAGCAGCAGUGACUGUGGAAGAUGUUCUUCGUGCUCUCAAGACUUUGCAGCCGCUAGGAUGCGGCUACGAAGUUCUGACGCUUGGUGGCAGUUUGUAUGUCAGGACCUUGCCGCAGGCUUUAGAUCCCAGCACCACAGUCCUGCUCUCGCUCUUAUCAGCCGCCUCUACCUCAAAGGAUGGCUGUUCACCAGGCGCGAGAGAUGCCGCGUCAAUACCUCGGGAUGUUCAAGGUACACCAUACUUGACAGCUCAAUCGCUACAGUCCGCCAUGCCAUCUUUGGGAAAGCAAGAGACGUGGACGAUAGACAGAGCGGAAACGGCGCUUCGAAAUGCCACGCAGAGGGAAGGCUUACUCUGGGUGGACCAGGGAAUUUGGCCUCACCGCUACUACUCUUUAGCCAUUGGUACUUCCACCUCGGCGAGUAGCAUACAGUUGGGCAUGACAGCCAAAGCUCCGUAG